AGAGAGAGAGAGAGAAAGAGAGAACACCCGCUUCAAACCAUUGUUGAGAGAGAGACUGCUAACACCCGCUUCAAACCAUUGUUGAGAGAGAGACUGCUAACACCCGCUUCAAACCAUUGUUGAGAGAGAGACUGCUAACACCCGCUUCAAACCAUUGUUGAGAGAGAGACUGCUAUCACCCGCUUCAAACCAUUGUUGAGAGAGAGACUGCUAACACCCGCUUCAAACCAUUGUUCCAUGGCACAGUACUCGCAUUACUAUCUGAUUUUAUUUAUCUCCAGCAGUCAUUUUUACUACAUCUGCUUAAGUGACCUUAAGCGACUUUUCAGUGUCCCACUGAGGUAAAUAUUGUCGUCGGUGGGAUUCACACAGGAGGGAAAGGUCCAGAUUACAACUCAAGUUUGAGAACAAGUUUCCCAUCACUGCUGGGUUUCUCUUAUGUAGUGUUACAUUGAGCGACCGGUGCUUUUGGACGUUGCAGGAUUUGAAGUUUGCGUGCUUUAAUCAAGGCUGUGGGCAGUGACGGAAUCCGGGUCAUGAUGGAGAGCGCCCUGACAGCCAGGGACCGGGUGGGCGUGCAGGACUUUGUCCUGCUGGAGAACCACACCAGCGAGGUGGCGUUCAUCGAGAACCUCCGCAAACGCUUCAAGGAGAACCUAAUUUAUACGUACAUUGGCUCAGUGCUGGUGUCCAUGAACCCCUACAAAGACCUGGAGAUCUACACUAAACAGCACAUGGAUCGAUACAGGGGCGUCAAUUUCUAUGAAGUCUCACCUCACAUUUACGCUGUGGCUGAUAAUGCGUAUCGCUCCAUGCGGACUGAGAGACGGGACCAGUGCAUCCUCAUCUCAGGUGAGAGUGGUGCUGGCAAGACCGAAGCCUCCAAAAAGGUUCUGCAGUACUACGCCAUCACCUGCCCUGCUAGUGAGCAUGUGCAGACCGUCAAAGAUCGCCUGCUACAAUCCAACCCUGUGCUGGAGGCCUUUGGGAAUGCAAAAACUCUACGAAAUGACAAUUCCAGUCGCUUUGGGAAAUACAUGGACAUUCAGUUUGACUUCAAGAAACCCGGUAUUAUCCCCUUUGCUUCUCCCUUUGGGUGUCCCCGUUGGCAGGGUGCUCCCGUAGGAGGUCACAUCAUUAACUACCUGUUGGAGAAAUCACGUGUCGUGCACCAGAGCCACGGCGAGAGGAACUUCCACAUCUUUUAUCAGCUUAUCGAGGGAGGAGAGGAUGAUCUGCUGAGGAGACUGGGCCUGGAGAAGAACGCCCAGCAGUACCAGUAUCUGGUGAAGGGUAACUGUCCCAAAGUGAGCUCCAUAAAUGACCGCAAUGACUGGAAGAUAGUGAGGAAAGCCUUGAGCGUCAUUGGCUUCACUGAUGAUGAAGUGGAGGAGCUUUUGAACAUUAUUGCCAGUGUACUACACUUGGGGAAUGUCCAGUAUGGAGGAGAGGACAGCGGCAGUGCCUACAUCACUACAGAGACACAGAUUAAAUACUUAGCCAGGUUGUUAGGUGUGGACGGCACUGUUCUUAAGGAGGCUCUAACACAUAAAAAGAUCAUUGCCAAAGGAGAAGAGCUGAUGAGUCCUUUAAAUCAAGAGCAGGCCGCUUCAGCACGGGAUGCCUUAUCUAAAGCCAUAUACGGUCGUACUUUUACUUGGCUGGUCAACAAAAUUAAUGGCUCUCUGGCCUUCAAGGAUGAUUCAUUCAACAGUAAGAACGCCUCUGUCAUUGGUCUGCUGGAUAUCUAUGGCUUUGAAGUCUUUCAGAACAACAGUUUUGAGCAGUUUUGUAUCAACUAUUGUAAUGAGAAGCUGCAGCAGCUCUUCAUUGGACUCUGUCUGAAGUCGGAGCAGGAGGAAUAUGAAGCCGAGGGAAUCACGUGGGAGCCUGUGCAAUAUUUUAACAACAAGAUCAUUUGUGAUCUUGUGGAGGAGAAGUUUAAAGGAAUCAUUUCUAUCCUGGAUGAAGAGUGUCUGCGGCCUGGAGAUGCCAGUGACAUCACCUUCCUGGAGAAGCUUGAGAACACUGUUGGUGGCCACGCACACUUCCUAACUCACAAGCUGGCUGAUGGAAAAACCCGUAAAGUGAUGGGUCGUGAGGAGUUCAGACUGAUCCACUACGCAGGAGAAGUCAACUACAAUGUGAACGGCUUCCUGGACAAGAACAAUGAUCUCCUUUUCAGAAACCUGAAGGAGGUCAUGUGUAUGUCCGAAAAUAAAAUCCUCACUCAGUGUUUUGACCGAGAAGAACUCACAGACAAGAAACGCCCAGAGACGGCAGCAACCCAGUUCAAGUACAGCCUGGCGAAGUUGAUGGAAAUCCUGAUGUCUAAGGAACCGUCUUACGUGCGUUGCAUCAAGCCUAAUGAUGCCAAGCAAGCAGGGCGUUUUGAUGAAGUCCUCAUCAGGCACCAAGUAAAAUAUCUUGGUCUGAUGGAAAACCUUAGGGUGAGGAGAGCUGGCUUUGCAUAUCGCCGUCGCUACGAGACCUUCCUGCAGAGGUAUAAAUCCCUGUGUCCAGACACCUGGCCGAACUGGGAUGGCCGUCUGGUCGAUGGAGUUUCCACACUCGUCAAGCACCUCGGCUACAAACCUGAGGAGUACAAACUCGGCAGGACCAAAAUCUUCAUCCGCUUCCCCAAAACCUUGUUCGCAACCGAAGAUGCACUAGAAGUCAGAAAACACAGCCUUGCUACCAAACUGCAGUCAUCCUGGAAAGGCUACAGUCAAAAAACCAAAUACCGUAAAAUGCGUCAAUCAGCUAUCAAGAUCCAAGCCUGGUGGAGAGGUAUUCUGGCCUGCAGGGAAGCAAAGCGUAGGAGAGAGGCUGCCAACACCAUCCGCAGGUUCAUCAAAGGCUUCAUCUACCGCCACCAGCCACGUUGUCCAGAGAAUGAAUACUUCCUGGACUACGUUCGCUACUCGUUCCUAAUGAAGUUGCACAGGAGCCUGCCUAAAACUGUUUUGGAUAAGAGCUGGCCAACGCCACCUCCCUCCCUCAUUGAGGCUUCAGAGCAGCUCCGCAAACUUUGCAUGCAGAAUAUGGUGUGGAAGUACUGCAAGAAUAUCAACCUGGAAUGGAAGCACCAGUUGGAGCAGAAGAUGGUCGCAAGUGAAAUCUUUAAGGACAAGAAGGACAACUACCCACAAAGCGUCCCAAAACUUUUUGUGGGCUCAAGACUUAAUGGCGAGGACAUCAACCCUAAAGUGCAACAGACUCUGGGGAAUGAGAAGAUGAAGUAUGCUGUUCCAGUGACUAAGUAUGAUAGAAAAGGAUACAAAGCACGCAACCGACAGCUCCUGCUCAUGGCGAACAGUGCCAUCAUUGUGGAGGAGGCCAAGCUCAAACAGCGUAUCGACUACAGCUCACUGAAAGGGAUUUCUGUCAGCUCUCUAAGCGACGGCAUGUUUGUUCUCCAUGUUGCUUGUGAAGACAAUAAGCAGAAAGGUGAUGUGGUGCUUCAGAGUGAGCAUGUCAUUGAGGCGUUAACCAAAGUGGCCAUCUGUGCUGAAAAGAUGAACAGCAUUAACAUUAACCAGGGAAGUAUAAAGUUCAGUGUGGCCCAAGGAAAAGAAGGGAUCAUAGAUUUUACAUCUGGCUCAGAGUUGCUGAUAGCCAAGGCUAAGAAUGGACACCUUUCUGUGACUGCCCCUCGCCUCAACUCAAGAUGAUGGACGAGUCAUGACCAAGCACUUCCUGCAUUCUCACAGGAUCUUCCAGAUACGCUCCUUAGUUCAUCAAUCACAUGACUAAAGGCGGAGCUUCUCUCUGCCAAUCAGACGCCAGCCAGCUGCACCAAAGGCCUCUGCUUCAAGUUGUGAAAAUCCAGCAAACUUAUUUAUGUUUUGGGGGAUUAAUACUGUUAUAUGAAUAUUAUGAUUUUAUAUGUCAAAAAGCCAAGAAAUAACAACAUAUAUGUGCAUUUCCUGCACUCUGUCUUUAUCUAGCUUAUUUGGGAAAUGUUGAUUUGUUAGAGAAGGUGACCUCAGCCAUGCUAACCAGGUAAAUCAGGGUUCAUAAUGAGUAGUUGUUAGCUUCGGUUCUAUUUAUGUUCACCCGUGAUUACUUUUACUUUUCUAUGAAUUCUGCAAUCCAAACCUACUCAGAACCAAUACACUUUUGCGUUCAUAGGAAAGGUAUUAAUUACUUUUUGCAUAGAGAAGAUGACUUGUUCACUUCAACGGUUAAACCUGUUCUACACACUAUUUGUGCGACAUAAUUUUGCUCAUAAGUUAUUAAUAUUAGUUGAAAAAGUUAAAAAAGGAGGACAAACUUUUAGGGAGCGUAUACCAAGUGCAUUGAAGGUGCGUGUCAUGUAUGUAAAGCUACCGUAAGAAAUCUUAAUGUUGAUGGAAAGAAUCCGCACACUAUGUCCAAUGAUAGUAUACUAUGCUAGAAAACCAGCCCUGUUUUUUACAUUAUGAUUCAUUCAUUAAUCAUUACCCACUUUAAGGGUUCAAUCAGUUCAGAGAUCAGUCAAUAUUUAUUUUCUCAGUUCCAAAUCUGUGCUUCAAAAUGUUAGAAAGUAUCUUUGAUAAGAUAAGAGUUCCUGCAAAAAUGAGAAGAAAUCCAGUGAUGGACAAAAGAUUGAUUUUUGAGAGUGGUCUUUCCUCACGCUCUCAGUGAUGAAAUCGCUCAGGCUUUGUGCUCCUAAUACACUGGACACAAUAAUCUCUCAUAUUAACGCCAUUUCCCAUAUUAGCACUGCUCUAAGCUCACUGCAAAGCUUGUGAGAGAUGUUGUUAGCCAUAAUAGUAGGGUAAGUUGUAUGUUAUCUACAAAAAAAUAUGUAACUUGGCUUGAGGCAGGUUUGUGUAUACGUAGAUAAAAGGUAACAAAGCACUACUAAAUGUUCACAAACCAAAUCCAAAUGUUGUUUUCGAAACUAAAAAGUGGAAAUUUGGCAUACCCUUUGCACUCUAGGAUUUCAGGCACCUAAAACUCUUGAUAGCACAAUUUUUUGAUAUCACCUUGAUGUCAUGUCCGUCAAAGGAGAAUGUUCAGAGAAAUAUUGAGCAUCAUUGCUGGUGUCAUAGUUGAGGAUGCUUAAAAGCAAACACUGAAAGGUGUAUGCGUAAGUGCCGCAUGUAAUGUAUUUAGAACAAAUAUCUAUUUUUGACAUUUAUAAAAAAAAAUACCCCAAUAAUGUCCACACAAACUCUUGGCCCCCUAGCUGAUAUAUAAUUCACACUUGUGCUUUUGUUUUAUACUAUUUGUGUAAAAUACCUGAAGAAAUCUGUCAUUUUGAAGCAAACUGACAAUGUAUUUGAGCAUAUUAAAGCUGAUUUUAAAAAAA